GGUCAUCUUUCCGUUUUCCUUUCAUCUGUGAAAACAAAACCAAGCAGGGGACCUGAGUCAGCCAAGGCUGCUGCGUUCAUUAAAACAUAUCAUAUGUGAGUCCUGGUUGCAGCAAAGAUUCUUUUUUUUUGUAGGCUUGGAGAUUUGCAUGCUGCUCUGACUUCAAAGUGGUCAGAAUGGGUGUUAUGAUUUUUUUUUUCAAAGAAAUAUGAUCAUUUUUGUGGUGGAGAUACAGAUUCGGUGUGAAAUCUCUGUAAUCUCCCCAUCAGCUGUCUUUUCUCCCUCAUUUUUAGCACCCAUGUUCUUUUUCUUUAUUCAUAAUGAGAAACUAAAAAGGUGGAGAAUGUUGAGAUACUUCCUGCUCAUCUUGUUUCUGAUUGGCUGAGCCUCAGUGAUGGGGGGUGUGGUUUGGAUGCUCCUUCUUGUGGCGCUGUCAUACAAGGCAGAUAUGGUCUUCAUCGGGGCUCUUUUUUUGGAGGGGGGGAGGCGGGGUUCUUCCACCUGUAGCAGCUAGAAGGAAUGUCCACGCAACUCCAGAUGGAAAAGAAUGAUGCUCACGUCAAUACUACAGUAAUGAACUUCUGAUGAAAGUUUUGCUAGAUGAUGGAGCACAAAGUUAGAAAAGUCAUAACGAUGACUAUCCAACGGAGCGUUUUUUGAGGGGUUUUGUUUUUGUAUCCACGCAUGAUGUGCGGCGAUGGCGUGGUGUGACCGUGGGCUUCAGACUCUCCUGGCUAUCGUGGGUGCCUUCGCCGCCUUCAGCCUCAUGAGCAUCGCCAUUGGAACCGACUAUUGGCUCUACUCCAGGGCGUACAUCUGCAACGCCACCAACAUCAGCACGGAUGAGAGCCACAUGCAAACCAAGAAAGUCAAAGGCGACCUCACUCACUCUGGGCUGUGGAGGAUCUGCUGCAUAGAAGGUAUUAACAGAGGAAGCUGUUUUCGAAUCAAUCACUUCCCGGAAGAUAACGACUAUGACACGGACAGCUCUGAGUACAUCUUACGUAUUGUGCGUGCAUCCAGUCUCUUCCCCAUUCUCAGCACCAUCCUGUUGAUGCUGGGCGGCCUGUGUGUUGGCGUUGGACGCAUAUACAGUCGGAAGAACAACAUCCUGCUCAGUGCUGGCAUUCUCUUUGUGGCUGCAGGCCUAAGCAACAUCAUCGGCAUCAUCGUUUACAUCUCCAGUAACGCCGGUGAUCCGAGUGACAAGAAAGACGAGGACAAGAAGAACCAGUACAACUAUGGUUGGUCUUUCUACUUCGGCGCCCUUUCCUUCAUCGUGGCAGAAUCCGUGGGAGUCCUCGCGGUCAACAUAUACAUUGAGAAAAACAAAGAGACGCGCUGCCGAGCCAAGCGCAACUUCAUCAAAUCCACCACCUCGUCUUCGCCUUACACUCGUAUCCCGAGUUACCACCACAGACGGAGGCGCUCGCGGUCCAGCUCAAGGUCGUCGGAUCCAUCACGUGAGCCCUCCCCAGGAGGGGCGAAAUUGGGGAGAGGAAGGGUUGGGGAGGCGCGGCUGGGGAUGGGUUUGCAGAUGGGAGACAUAUCCCUGUACUCCAUGAGCAGGGACCCUUUGAAGGGGGGAGGGCACUACAGUCCUGAGAGGGACUUCUUACAAGUCCACAACUGCUUCCAGAAAGAUGUGCAAGAUGGCAGCAACAGGAGGACCACACCUGUUUGAGUCUUGUGGUUGUACUUGAUCAUCCUGAUAGAGGGUCUUGAAGUUGGGUGUACAUUGUACUGAUUUAUUUCGAGUGAAGUACUCACAAUGUACUGACUGGACCAACUGACUGAUAUGAAAUGUUACACUGUAUCCGUGUGUUGUUGCUUUUCCACUUAAAUCCAGAAGAUGGCAAUAGUGCACAUUUGCUGUCCAAUGAUUACCCAUUCUCAAACCAUUGACGAUGAAGAAGAUAUUUUUGCCACAAACAACUUUAUUUCCCUGAUUGUGUGCCUUGCUACGUGCCGAAAGGAAGGAAAAAGGCAUACAGUAUGUGCAUAGAGAAAUACAACACCAUUGAUUGUUUAUGCACCAGGGGAAACGCUUUGCACCAUUGUUGCAACGGGUAGAAGCUAAAUUUAAUCAUAAUUAAGAACAUCGCACAAAUAACAUUGGCCAUCAAGACUGAAAUCAUGACGGUAACCUCCAUGACAGUGAGGGAGGAGGGGAGGAAGUAGCCACAUGAACAACACGGUCAUACUGUGCAAUGAGUUAUUUCUUGAAUUCAGUAGUAACUUCUUUAUCUUUGGCUCCAUGGUGGGUUAUUUUGUAGACAUACUCAAAUAAAGUAGAGGCUUGUGGUGUAACUGUCUUAGUUAGCAAACAACUCCUGAUGAUGUCAAAGAUGUGCGACGGAACUUGGGGAUACUGACUUUGGAGUGGAAGUUGAGAAGAUGCUAACAGACUUGUUUUAUAUAAAAAAAAGACUUUAGGAACACAUUUGGACAGUUUAUACUCGACAAGACUGCCAAAAAUUUUGACAAAAACCAUCCAUACAUUUUCUAUACCGCUUACCCUCAUGAGAGUCGUGGGCAUGCUGGAGCCUAUCCCAGCUGUCUUUGGGCGAAAGGCGGGGUACACCCUGGACUGGUCGCCACCUAGACAAACAACCAUUCACACUCACAUUCAUACCUAUGGACAAUUUGUCCUCGCCAAUUAACCUAGCAUUUUUUUGGAACGUGGGAGGUAACCGAAGUACCUAAAGAAAACCCACGCAUGCACGGGGAGAACAUGCAAACUCCACAGAGAUGCCCGAGCAAACUAACCCUAGCUGUGUGGCCCGCGAGCUAACCACUUCUCCACUGUGCAGCUGUCAAAAAACCAAUACAAAAACUGUGUCGUGGUUCCGAUGUUCCACUGUAUGUAAAACAGUGUGUAACAGUGUGUAAAACCUAAAUGAGGCAAAUGUAUGUCCAAAAGUGUUUACAAAAGUUUACAAGAAUCUUUGAUCUGAUCUAGGAUGUGUGUGUACCUUAACACCGCUGGUGCUAUACCUGUUCAGAUACUGUAAUACUGAAAUUGUUCAAGUGCCAGUACAAUAGUACAGUUCUCCUACAGUAUAUUUAACCCCCAAAAUGCUAUUGAAAUGCAUACUGUAUUAUUUCCAUGUGAUUUUUUUUUAGCUAUCCUCUUUUCUGUACAAUAGCCUACUAAAUUAAUGUGAUUUCUUGCUCGUCAGCAUCACAUGAUUACAGCAUGUGGAAUGUACAUAUCAGCUCUGAAACACUGCCACUCGGACACACAUAACGUGUGUGUCACCUGUUAAUAGAACAUGCCAGGGUGUAAUGUGUCCUGUAUGUGCUUAUGCAGCUCAGCUUAAAUCGUUGUGUUUGUUUGGUCAGGGAUGUUGUAGAGGACAAAUUAUAGUUUAUCGCUGUCCGAGGAGAAACAAGUAUCUUCAUAUUUUGGGAGGGUUUUUUUUGUUUUGAUGUGAAAAACCUUUCUUGGGAAAGCAUGAUGGUUCACAUGUAGGUUCCAUUUCUGUGGGGACUCAGGCCUCAUCCUUAUUAUUUCAAUGCAUUUGUACAAAUAAAGGCCUUACCUUACCCCGAGUAGAUGCUUAAACCAGACUGUUAUAACGGUGUGUACAAUAUUAACACAACUAUUGAUUAUAAAAUCACUGCCUUUGUGCCAUGAUUGUUUUUUUUCCCAAUUGUGCGCUGUACUUAUAUGCCGCUAUAUGAACAAAAUUAUUGCAUGAUGGCCUUUUUAUUCAAAUACUUUGAUGUCAUUGAAUUAUAUUUAACGCAAUAUGUUUGUAUUUGUAGUUCAUUGGUCAUGUCAUACAAAUAAAAGGGAUUCAUUGUAACAUACACAAUUUUUCCAGAGGUCGUGUUUGUCCAAGCACAAGGUCUUAAAGUGACAGUGCACGAACUAACUGAAUGCUCAACUGAACUACUGGGCUGCUGAAUACGCACUCUCCCACAUCUCCCAUGUGUCAUCACAUGUGCUGAAAUAAAACGGGUGUUUUCUGUGUGCAAUGACUCAUUCAUGCUAUCGAAUAGUUUGCCCAGUCUGGGAUCGCUUUAGCUCAACCUUGUUGACAAGUAUCAUGGCGGUUGCUUGAGAGUCUUUUGCACCUUGAAUUAGAAUGGACUUAUUUUGAGUGUGCAUGCAUGUGUGCAUGUAUGCCAAACUGGUCUUAUGACCUUGUUUCCCCCCCGUGGAGCUCUCUCCUCUGUCCAUCCGUCAAAGCCGUUACGCUCAGCCAUGGAUCUACUCUGAUAUUUUCAUCCACAAUAAAGCUUGUGCCCUAAUCUCUCCGUUGUGUCCAGUUAAAUAUCUUCUCCAGUAAUUGACAAGAGAUUGGCAGGGUCACUCAUGCACUCACAUAGCCAGCAUGUUUGUGAGAAUGAGCUUUAGAAGGACAGAGAAAAAACA